AGCAACAGAAGACAGCGCCGGUGUUUAAGCAGCAGAAGUUUGAUAAAAUUUUGUUUCCCACUUCCCAGAAGAUUUAAAAGGCCAUGUUUCGGACUAAUGUACUCAGGAUGUGCACCUUACUUGUGUCGGUUGUCAUCUUGUUCGUGUCGGCCAGUUCCAGUCAUGAAUGGGCGCCUCAUGGAGAAGAAGAUUUGUCGCCACCUCAUGAGGAAGAGUCCCUGGAGAAAAAAGCGGCUUCUCUUGUGGACAAGCUGUCCGCGUCUUGUGACGCCACCCAUGUUCUCGCUCGCUUAAUUCUCCAGGAAACCGCGGAACGAGUCAAGCUUCAAGAACAAGUACGCCUACAGAUGACCGGACAAGAAAACGUUACCAAAAUGCAAGAAAAACUUCGCAAAGCGCUCGCUGACUUAACAGCUAAAGCACAGGAGAAAGAGCCUUUAGUGGCCUUUACAGCCAGAGUGAAAUCUCACUUAUCAAACCUCCAAGACUCUCAGACUAUUGUCUUUGGGACUGUUGAGACUAACCUGGGAAAUGCCUACAACCCCCACACAGGCAUAUUUACUUGUCCAGUGAACGGCGUCUACCAGUUCUUCGUCAGCAUUUUGAGCUGGCCAAAAAAGCGAAUCGAGACACAUCUGGCAGUCAAUGGCGAAGGGAGGCUACUCGUGUAUUCUUCCUCAAGUGCCAUGCACCAUGGAUCUUUGGGUACCGGCACCAUCAUCUUGGAGCUUAACGAAGAAGACAAAGUACAGGUGAAACUUACCAGGAAUUUUGGGGAUUACAUUCACUGUUGUUGGAGCACAUUCUCUGGACAUUUGCUGAGGGCUACAUAGAGUUGCAGCCACGAUGACUUUUCAAACCAACAAUUACUUACAAAAAAUGUCUGACAUUUUAGAAGGAACUUUGUGACAGUAUUAUUGAUGGAGAAUUCUAUACACCUUCUUCGGUAUUUA